CUCACAAGUCACGUCGCCUUUUCUCGCGGGAAAAUAAAGUCACAACGCCACACCUGCACCUAAUAAUCGAAUCAAAAUGUCACAACACGCUACACGAUAUAUACCCCAUUGAGCAAUGAUUUUCAAGUACAGUGGUAUCCAGCACAGUUGUCGAGCAGAAGGAGGAUGUCUCCGUACGCUGUGCUCGUCGCGGCCGUCGCCGUGCUCGUCGCCUUCUGCUGCGCGACCAGGAAAGCUCGAGGCAAGAACAGUAAGCUCCCGCCAUCGCCCCCGGCGAUCCCGCUGUUCGGCCACCUCCACCUCCUGGGCCGCCUCGCGCACCGCUCCCUGCGCGACCUGCACGCUCGGUACGGCAGCGACGGCGGCCUCCUGCUCCUGCAGCUCGGGCGCAGGCGGACGCUGGUGGUGUCCACGGCGGCCGCGGCGGCGGACCUGUACAAGAACCACGACCUCGCAUUCGCCUCCCGCGUGCUCAGCGCGCCGGUGCACAAGCUCUCCUACGGCUCGAUCAACGUCUCCUUCGCGCCAUACGGCGACGUCUGGCGCCGCAGCAAGAAGAUGGCCGUCGUCCACCUGCUCUCCCAGCGCCGCGCCGACUCGUUCGCCCCCAUGCGAGCCGCCGAGGCGGCCGCCCUCGUCGCGGGAGUCCGCCGCGCGGCGGAGGCCGGGGAGGCCGUGGAGCUGAGGGGGCUCCUGUACGGCUACGGCAACGCGGUGGUCACCCGCGCGGCCACCGGCGCCGCGGGGGCCACGGCCGAGAGAAUGAAGCAGCUGAUGGGCAACUCCGCGGCGCUCAUGUCGGGGCUCCAGGCGGAGGACGUGCUUCCCGACGCGGCGGCGAAGGUGGUGAGGUGGGCGACGGGGUUCGAGAAGAGGCUGGACGACCAGAUGGAGGCGUGGCACAAGUUCCUGUCCGAGAUAAUCGCCGAGCACCUUGAGAAGAAGAAGUGUGACGACAUCGCAGGGGAGGAGGACUUCUUGGACGUCUUGCUGCGGCUGAGGGAAGAAGGCACCGCCGGACUCGACCUCACCGACGAUCGCAUCAUAAGCAUUGUUCAGCGAGUAACAGUCCGUUACACCUGUCUCCACAAGCUCCGAAACAAGCAAAUCAUAGCAAACAAGGGUGUAGCUGAGGACAUGAUCUUCGCCGGAACUGAGACAUCAUCUAUUACGCUGGAAUGGGCCAUGGCGGAGCUCACGAGAAAACCCCACACAAUGGCCAAGUUGCGGGCCGAGGUAACACGAGUCACCAACGACAAGUUGGCCAUCGAAGAAGAUGACCUCAGCAGGAUGGAGUACCUCAAGGCGGUGUUGAGGGAGGUGAUGCGUCUCCACCCACCAACACCACUCCUCAUCCCACACGAGUCGACGGCGACGUCGAUCGUCCAAGGCUACGAGAUCCCGGCAAAGACGACACUCUUUAUCAAUGCGUGGGCAAUCGGGAGGGACCCCAUUGCGUGGGGUGAAGGGGCGGAGGAGUUUUUGCCUGAGAGGUUCUUGGCCAACGGUAACGCGACAGACGUGGACGUGAGGGGAAACGACUACCAACUCCUCCCAUUCGGUGCCGGUCGACGACUCUGUCCCGCCAUCAACUUCGCGAUGCCGACGCUAGAGAUUGCGCUAGCUUGCCUCGUACGCCACUUCGACUGGGGUCUCGCCGCUGGCACAUGUCUGGAGAUGGGCGAGGCCCCGGGGCUGGCCACACCUCCGUCGACUCCGGUGCGCCUUGUCCCCGGAUGCAUAACAACUUAA